AUAGGAUGAGAGUUGAGGCUUGUAAAGAAUUCCAAUCUAUCCUGUAGAUCUUUUAUAUUCUCCCAUCUAAACGAAGAAGAUGAGGGCGGUCAAGGAGGCAGGUUCGGGGAUCUUCGCAAGUAAAACUUGUGACGUUCGGAAAGGCCCGCACGUGUGGAUUGAGCUUCGUCGGCGGUCUUGCUGCUUGCAGCUUCUCGAGCGCAUGAGAAAGAUUCAUUCGAGCAUUGUAUCAAUACCGCGACCUUUUCCCCCCUUCAACACACUAAUUACACACACACUGCCAAAAUGGACGGUCUCAACGCCAACGAGCAGCGCGAACUCGCCAUGCGCAUGGAGAAGAAGCAGAUGUCGCAGUUCAUGAACAUGUACAGCAACCUUGUUCAGCGCUGCUUCGAGCACUGUGUCGAUGACUUCACCUCGGCCAAGCUCUCAUCCAAGGAGGAGGGCUGCACCAUGCGCUGCGUCGACAAGUUCAUCAAGGGCUCUGAGCGCCUUGGUCAAAGAUUCCAGGAGCAAAAUGCUGCCAUGGCUCAGUCCGGUGGUCUCAUGCGAUAAAUCGCUUCCUCCGCCCACUCGAAAUUUCCUACCAUCUCAAUACCACCCAACAACCGGCCACUCCACUGCUGCAUAUAAGCAGCCUGUACAAAAGAGAAUGAAGAACACGAACUUUGAGUCGCGAUGCAGCCUCGGAUGACCGUAGAAGUCCGCUGUGCUGAGGUCCCGUAAGUAAGGAUGGGACUGGACGGCAUGCAGUGCAUGCUUCCUGGCGUAUACCACCACCACAAUGUUCUGUUUGAAAAAGACGGGCACGCUGAACAAUGAAAACAAACUCCAAUUUCCACUCA